AUGAGCUUUACUUCCACGCCCAGAGGAGCCAGGUCGCAGCUCAAGGCCUCCGUACACUCCCAGCUGCUCCAAGAUGGCGCCGGAGGGGAGCGCAUUGUCAGGCUCUGUGGAUCGUACACAACAACCUCUGGCCCCCAACUCCACGCCCUCCUUCUCGGGCUUCACGCACCCUGUCAGACCCGCCCUGACUCCAGGGGGCCUCCUCCCGGCGCUGGGGCCCCUUGGUGGCAUCUGACGACGCUUGGUGCGGCUGUGGCUGCGAUUUGGCUCCCUCCUCUUACCACCUCUUUAUUCUUGACUACAUAUUUGUCUUUAGCACCUGAUAUUUUGGUAAUAGUCGGCUAG